GUGUAUCAAAACGUUUUAAUAAACGCCAGCCAAUCCAAAUGAGCCGUGGUUGAAAUCUCAAGUUUCUUUAAAUAUCGCGAGAGUUGGUUACGGCCUUUCUCCCCGAGCUGCUAGCAGGGAAAGUGUACACAUUCAGAACACUUCAUGAUGAGUUAUGCUGAAAAGCCAGAGGACAUAACACGGGAGGAGUGGAUGGAAAAGCUCAAUAAUGUUCACAUUCAGCGGGCAGACAUGAAUCGACUCAUUAUGAAUUAUUUGGUGACAGAGGGGUUUAAAGAGGCAGCUGAGAAAUUCAGGAUGGAAUCAGGCAUUGAGCCAAGUGUUGAUCUGGAUUCUUUGGAUGAGAGGAUAAAGAUUCGGGAGAUGGUCUUAAAAGGACAGAUACAAGAGGCAAUAGCGCUGAUCAACAGUCUUCACCCCGAGCUACUGGACACUAACCGCUACCUGUACUUUCAUCUUCAGCAACAACACCUGAUCGAGCUGAUACGCCUGCGGGAAACCGAGGCUGCGCUAGAGUUUGCACAGACGCAGCUAGCUGAACAGGGAGAGGAAAGCCGAGAGUGUCUGACAGAGAUGGAGCGGACCCUCGCUCUUCUAGCAUUUGACAACCCAGAGGAGUCUCCCUUCGGUGACCUUCUUAACAUGAUGCAGAGACAGAAGGUGUGGAGUGAAGUAAACCAGGCGGUGCUGGACUACGAAAACAGGGAGUCAACACCUAAACUUGCCAAACUCCUCAAACUGCUGCUGUGGGCUCAGAACGAGUUGGAUCAGAAGAAAGUAAAGUACCCCAAAAUGACAGAUCUCAGCAAAGGCACCAUCGAGGAUCCCAAGUGAACAUGAAUCGGCAUCUCUAUGCUUGCAUUAUGUGGGGAACAAAAUGGACGCUUUCCCUUUCCUUAACUAUUUAUACUCAAUGACUGACACUCAAACAUCCUUUUCAUCAUCCUUUUGUUUGGUUUACCUAUCAAAGACUUGGCAUUAAAUAGGCUGUGGUAAUGAGGUUGUUGACAUUUAAGGAUGACUCCUUGCCAAAAUGAAACACUUCGUUGCGAAGAGAGAUUUCUGUGAUUUGCGACUUGCUGAGCAGAAUUUAUUGUAUUUUAGCCAUUUCGUUUUGCAGAGAACUAUUAUUAACCCUCUAUUUUGUCUGCGAAUGUUUAGAAAGUAUAUAAGAACCACACUUACAUGCUGAUUUACUAGAUGUUUGUGUCCACUGAUGUGAGGUACCAAAGGCAAAAUAUUGGUGUCAUCAGGAACAGUGGAUUGAUUGUAUCAAGGUGACAAAUGUGCUCCGUGUGCUUUCAUGUUUUAUUUUGCAGUGCACAGGUAUACAUUUUUUGUAUGUGCAUUAAGGGGUCUGUUAAAGAAUGUCAGCCCUUUUUGAGUACUAAUAUUAUUGCAUUAUAAUGUUAUAAAGUCAUGUGACAUUGUUUUCUACUGUA